AUGGAGACAUUAGCGCCACGUACAAAAUUCCUAGUUGUUGUUACCGCUGGAGGUAGAACAAAUGCAACGCCUCUUCUGGAGAUCGCUCGAAUACUGAGCGACCGUGGACAUGUUAUCGAAUUCGCAACACUUGAGGGUCAGCAGGUCUGGACGCAGGAUUAUCCAUUUAUCUCCAGAAUUCAUAUUUUAGGUCCCAACCAAACUGCGGAAGCCGAGGAACAGGCAUACUUGCAAAUGUCGCGAUGGAAGCUAGGUCUUAAUCAUAGCUUUACUCCUAUUAUGGAAGCCCGGAAAUAUCUAGAAUGUAGCUGGGAAACAGUCUAUCCCAGCCUGUCCGCUUUGGUCCAGGACCCGGCUCGACGACCCAAUUUCAUUAUAGGGGACUAUCUAGUGGAUGCGGUCCGGGACAUCAAGAUCGAACAUGAUAUCCCAAUUGCCAUGCACUGGCCGCAGAUGCCAACGAACAUGCUCCCAGCCACCUAUAUUCCUGGGGCAUAUGGACUUCAGAUGGAGGUUCUGACCUCAGAGCACGCAACGCUGUGGCAACGACUUCAAAAUUACCUCUUGGGUCUCCGCGCCCUCCCUGCAUAUCUGCGAUAUCGAUCAUGGGCUCGCGAGCAACGAUCAAGGCUCGGGAUCUAUCGCAGUCUACCAAACCGCAGCAAACCCGAUCACCUACUUUUAGUAAACUCAUUCUUCGGGCUAGAACCAGCAAAAGAUCUCCCACCCAACGUGAUCGCAGUCGGACCAAUUUUGAGCGAUACAUACCCAGGGCUCACACCAGAUUUGCAAAGUUUCACCGCCAAAUAUAAAAGGAUCCUAUAUAUCUCCCUUGGGACGCAUGCACUUGUAUCAGACGCAGCACUGCGGCGGAUUCUUCACGGUGCCACCCUCGCCCUUCAAACCGAACAGUCUAUUGAUGGCGUGAUCUGGUCAAUUCGGGGAAUGGCCAUGAAGCAAUUUAACCUGGCUGCGACGGCACCGGCUCAAGAAUGCUCUAUCUCUGAUCUUGUCUCAGGUGCAAAUCCUCACAUCUAUUUUUGCCCAUUCGUUCCCCAGCGCGCCCUUCUCGCGCACCCGAGCGUCUCCGUCUUCCUUACCCAUGCUGGGGCCUCUAGCACCAACGAGGCCAUCUUUCAUGGCAUUCGAUCCAUCACGAUUGGCGUUUACUUUGACCAGAUUUCUAACGCGAUGAAGCUCCGGGAUGCGGGGGUUUCGACUUUGCUGGAUCGCGACACAUUUACCCCGGAGCAGCUGUGCCAGGCAAUCAAUGAACAGCUGUCAGAUUCGACUGGAGCCUUUGCAGCUAAUUGCAUCCGCUUGCAGCGAAUUGCUAGAAUCGCGUCAAGGCGAAAGUAUCUCGCGGCAGACCUAAUUGAGGAGGCACUGGCGGAUGCGGAGGGGCGGAAAGUGGCAGGGGAUGGACGGGCCAUGCAUUUGGAAACGGCUGAUAUGCGGAUGCCAGUUUGGAAGGCUCGAAACUGGGAUCUGUGGGCGUUGGGGGCCAGCAUUUUUCUAUUGGGGAUCGGCGUGGUGGUAGCGGUUCCUCUGGCUUCCAGGAUGUGUUUGUGA